CGUUGCUCUCAUGCGCAUGAGAGAUGGUUUAUGAGUGCCUGAAGGGAAGAUCUGUAUCCGAAAUGGAGGCUGUGGCUGAUUUGAGGACUCUAACUGGAUGAUAGUUUUUUGGUGUGAUUGGCUUACGUCUGAGCAAGAAACGGCGCAUACCAUUAUAUCUACGCGAGCAGCAAUCUUCCAAGUGCCCGUCGGAUGAAGCGUUGCGAUCGGUUGCAUGAACGCUUUAUCGGCCGGGAUUGAGUCAGGUUUGCGUGCAUGGCACUAGUCGCGCUCAUACUCAUGCAUGCAUCUGUGGUGUGUGACCUUGCUAUGCGUAUGAUGUAUGAUCCCGCCCGGUCAUUUCGUCAUAUCACGACAUCAUCCUCAUGUCACUCUGGUGUAUUUGUUUCGGUAUCUCUAGUCCAGACACGCUGCACCAUGGCCCGCUGGCUUCCAGUUAUGCACAUGACCCGUCCCAGGACGAACUAACAAAUCUUGGCGCCGAGGCCGAGACACAGACGUGCUAGCAGUCGCUAGCUGAUCUCUCAUGCUGGUCACCGUAUGGAUGUAUGCCUGAUUCCUACGGGAAAUGUGCCCUUCCGCCGAUGGUUUGACAUGCAUUUGGCCAUGGUUGGUAUAUGGCGUCAAACUUAAAAUGGAUUUUUAGCCCAUGGGACCAUGUGUAAUAUUGGUGAUAUAACUACAAAAUUUAGCUAUCACGAGUGUUAGAGGGUGAUCGGGUUC